AUGUCCAGCAGGAUCCUCAACGUCGCCGUCCUCGGCUGUGGUGAAGUCGCACAGAUCGCACACAUCCCCAACCUCGUCGUCGCAUCAGACAAGUACAAGGUUACAGCUCUCUGCGAUGUCUCCCAACAGUCUAUAGAGCUCUGUAGCUCUCGCUUCAGCAUCGAAAACACCUUCACUUCUCUCACCGAGAUGCUGGCCUCUUCCGUCCCCAUCGACCUCGUAUUUGUACUGACCGCCGACCAGUACCACGCCGAGCACCUUAUCCAAUGUGCCAACGCUGGCAAACACGUGAUGAUUGAGAAACCCAUGGCCCAGACGCUUGCCGAAUACGAUGCCGUCGAAGAAGCCCGGGUUAGAAACAACGUAGUCAUCUUUGUGGGGUAUAUGCGGAGGUAUGCCCCCGCGCUCGAGAGGCUCAAGAAGGAGAUUGAGGGAAAGCAGAUCAAAUAUGUCAGGGUGAGGGACAUUAUCGGCAAUAACAGCUACUUUACCAAACAGUCUGGUAUGCACCAGCACUACUUUAAGGAUUUUCCUCCCUCUGCCUCUUCCGACCUCGCCUCCCGUCGCUCUGCCAACCUUCUUGAGAACCUCGGCGCCGAUGCCGAGAAAGACCCCCGCAACGCUGCCUCCUGGGGCCUGCUGCACAGUCUUGGCAGCCACGACCUGUCGGCUAUGAGGGAUGUCAUUGGUAUGCCAGAGAGGUGUGUGGUGGCUACGCGAAGCGACGAUGAGGGUGGGAAUGCGUGGUGGUGGACUGCCUUGUUCCAGUAUAAGGGAUUCAGGGCGUACUAUGAGAUGGCUAUCGACGAAGUGGCCAUCUUUGACGCUCAUAUCGAAGUGUACACCAACGACUCUCGCGUCAAGAUCCAAUACGACACGCCAUACGUCAAGGGCCUCCCCAUCAAACUUACCAUCCAGAAACAGCUCCCCAACGGCGAUUUCUCAGAGCAGGUCAUCCGUCCCACUUACGAGGAUCCCUACACCCUCGAGCUCGGCUUGAUCUACGAGGCAGUCGUCCAUGGCGUAGACUACAAGACCACGCCUUUGGAUGCUAAAAACGAGACGGUCUUGGUCAAGAUGAUCAUGGAUGCGUUGGUGGACUAG